CACACAGAGAGAGAGAACCAGUGAGGGUUAACAGGGGCGGCUUUGUGAGCCCUCCUCCUGCUGUUCACUGGUUGGAGUACAAGAGUGUGUGUGUGUGUAUGCGUGUACGUGUGUGUGUGUGUUUGAGUGAGUGAGAGAGAAAGGGAGAGAGAGAGAGAGAAAGAGUGAGCACAAAAUUUCUCCUCCGCUGAGGCCAGCACAGAGAGCGAGAGACAGAGAUAGAUAGAGAGAGGGAAAGUGAGCACAAACUUUCUCCUCUGAGAGACAGAGAUAGAUAGAUUCAUAGAUAGGGAGAGGGCGAGAGAGAGAGAGAGAGAGGGGGGGGAGAGACAGAGAGACAUAGAGACAGAGAGGAGGGACCGUGUGCGACUCUGAGAGCCAGUUGUCGGCUCUCCUGAAACUCCUGAAGCUCUCCAUUCUCCGCCGGCCUCAUCAAUCCAUGGGACUGCAGAUCUGGCCGCCAAGCCGCCAACCACCACCACUAUCCUCUAUGGCCUGCCUUGAUGUGGAGACCCCGGCCAUCUGCAGGGGGAAAUUCAAAUCAGUCCUGCAGCUACGCUUGCAGCAGAGACGGACUCGGGAGCAGCUCGUGGAGCAAGGCAUCAUGCCACCGCUGAAAACACCUGCUGCAUUUCAUGAGCAGAUACGAAGCCUGGAGAGAGCCAGGACUGGAAACUUCUUGAAGCACAAACUUUGCAGCAGGCCUGAGCGCUCCGAGUUGGUCCGUAUGCACAUCCUGCCAGAGACCCAGGCGGAGCCCUCCCUACAAGCCACUCAGAUGAAGCUGAAGAAAGCCAGGCUGGCCGACGACCUGAAUGGAAAGAUCGCUCAGCGACCCGGCCCCAUGGAGCUGGUGGUGAAGAACAUCCUGCCCGUGGACACCGCCGUCGAGGACACCAUCUCCGAUGACAAGGCGAGCCUGCCUCAGGUUCUGGAUGUGUACAGUUUCGAUGAGGACAGCAUUGAUGCCUUGUCCCCGGAGCGGCCUGCCAGCCAGAUGUCCCACAGCUCCUCUUCUGCCUCUCCCAGGGAGGCAGAGGGGGCCGAGGCUGUUUCCACCUCCCCCUGCUUCAGUGCCACCAUGCAGCACUCUCCGCUUACCGCCCAGUCCACUUCGGAUUUGCCCGGCCUCAUGUCCGCCAACGAGCAGCAGACCAACCAUCUGGCAGCCACAUCUCAGCCAGUUACCACCGCUGGCCCCUCCACACGGGGGCCCGUUCUCGUGAAGCAAAGCCAGCCAAAGACACCCAGCGACAAAAGCCGAAGCAAGAAGAGCAAAGAGCCCAAGACACGGGUGAAAAAGCUGAAGUACCACCAGUACAUUCCGCCGGACCAGAAGCGGGAGCUGAACGACGUGCCCAUGGACUCCACCUAUGCCCGGCUCCUGCAGCAGCAGCAGCAGUUCCUCCAGCUCCAGAUCCUCAGCCAGCAACAGCAGCACUAUAACUACCAAGCUAUCCUUCCUGCCCCGCUGAAAUCGGGAGCUGUUGGACAGAACAGCUGCUCCAACAUGGUCUCUUCCAGUGGGAAUGGUCUUUCCACCCCACACACGGUCUCCAUAACCAGUAUUGCCUCUGUGAGGCCCAACCAGACUCCAACCAACUACAUGCCAGAUAAUUUACCUGCCAAUCUGGACGAAAUGAAGGUUGCUAAGCUUAAAACAGAGCUGAAACUAAGAGGACUCCUUGUGUCAGGUACCAAGACAGAUCUGAUAGAGAGGCUUAAGUCAUAUCAGGAGAGCGCCAACAACCAGACUGCUGCCACCAUGGACUCCACAGCUGCCCUGAGGCACUCGCUAUCCGAAAGCAUAAGGCUGACGCCCCCCAUGUCCCCCAUUGCCUCCAAAGUGUCCAGUCUGGGUAUAGAGGAGAGCAGCAUGGUGGAAAGCCAGGCGUCAUCUCCAGUUUACGCCAGUCCCAUUGGAAACUCCCCAACUGGAGCACAGCAAGAGGAGAGCCGGGCGGAGGCCAGGACAUCUGAGAAGGACCGGAGGCUCCACGAGAAGGAGCGUCAAAUAGAGGAGCUGAUGAGGAAGCUGGAGCAGGAACAGAGGCUGGUGGAGGAGCUGAAGAUGCAGCUGGAGGUGGAGAAGAGGAGUCAACAGCAGGGGGAUUCUCUGCCUCAGCCCAGCCCUCCUGCUCUCAUCCAGGUCAAAGAGGAAAACGGCUCCUCCUCCUCCAACUGCUCAGCAUCCUGCUCUCCCACUCAUCACCUAGCGGCGGUGACAAAGGAAGAGUGCCCGGAUCAGAUACACGUGUCCCCGCCGCCGCCUUUUAUUGGUGGUCACCAGCAGCCGUCUCGGUCUCUCAGGCAGUCUCAGCCUGGGACUUGUAUGCUCCUGUCUCUUUCGGCUGUUGCUAUCCAGCUCCCUGAAAACGGCAUCAAGUUACAGGUUGUCGCUAACAGUGCAGCCCCUGGCUCCACCAGGGUUCCUGGAGCAGUGCCACAGAAAACAGAGGUCUCAGCAGUAUUGCAACAGCAAUGCACCAAUCACACUCGGCCCACCACACAGACAGACCCACUAAGCAGCGCUCCAGACUCAGCUUUCCAGUUCAGAGCAGAUCAGGAUGAGGCUAUGGAAGACACACCACAGCACUUGCCAAACACUGCCCCAGGGAGUGGUGGCCCCGCAAGAGCCUCCACUAGCCCAGGUGUCCCUAAAAGGCCCGUCACAACACACAAGCCUCCCUCCCAAAGCCAGUCAUCUGUGAUCCUGCAACAGCCAAAGUUCACAAACCACAUCCCCAAGUGUAAGGAUCCGCCUCGCUAUGAAGACGCCAUUAAGCAGACACGCUGCAUGCAAACUGCUAUACAGGUUCCUACAGCAACCAGCCAGCACAUGGAUGACCUGUUUGAUGUGCUGAUUGAGAGUGGCGAGAUUGCCCCCUUCAUCAGACAGGACUCACCCAGCCUGGACAAACUCCUCCCGGUGACUGCCAGCGUAACCACCCUGCCCAUCAACACUGUGCUGUCCCGUCCGCCGCACCAGGUCCAAGUGGCCCAGCCUCCAACUCCCGCUCCCACCCCAGACCCUUCACCCAGCUUGCCGACCUUAGCCACCGGCAGUUCACUGGAAACCCUCCUGGAGGGGGUGCUGGUGGCUGGCACAGGACCACGGACACUAAGGCUGAUGGAGGAGCUGCACAGUCAGCUACUCCAGCAUCCUUCCUCGCCCGUGGAGACCAUGGAGUUGGACUUCAUUGACAACACGCCACCCUCUGCCUUUCACCUGCAAAACACCAACUUGGACAACAUGGACUGGUUGGACCUCACCAUGCCAGUGUGCACGGAGGGGGCCAACCCCCUUGCCAUGUCCUCACCCAUGGGAGUCUUUUCUUCUGAAUUCCUGGACUCCCAAGAACUGCAGUUAAGUUGGGACUGAUUUUUU